AUGUGCUCGGCACAAGAGCAAACACUUUCUCAGGUGAAGGACUCUCAUGAUUCAGCCAUGCAUGUGAAUGAAGACACCGUUUCAAGGAGGCUUGGAGCCAGUAACAAAACAUGUUUGUAUUUCAUCAUCGCUACCCUUGUUGUGUUACUCAUCUUUGCCUUAGCCACCAUCAUGGUCCUAGUCGUUCAGAGGACGGGAGCUGAAAGACCCCCAGUUCAGAAGCAGCAUAGUCAUGCUCCAUCUGUGACUGGUCGUGAAUUUCCAGACCAGGGAACAAGUGUUGAUUCUGCAGCUGAUCCUGCCACGGAGGGCAUCGCAAAACCUAUCAGGACAG